AUGGGAACGAAAUACCAACACAAUAUGUCGGAAGACUGUUUCAUUCUUCGGAAACUUCAAGAGACGAACGAUCAAUUGAGACUAGAUAUCGAUAAGGAUGAGAAAACACUGGUCGACCUGCGGAGAACUAUUCCAAAAAAAUGUUCAGAGAUGUACAAAAUGGAGAAGAAAAAGCUCCUGAACCACUAUUUAGCCGCAGAACUUUUACCACAUUUGCCAGAGCAAGGACUGAAUACUGAUGAAAUUCAACGAAUGCGCAACACAGUCAAUGCACGAGGGGACGCCCAGAAACUUCACGAAAACAAAUUCCUCCAGAAACAAGUCGACGAUCUCGCAGCCCUCCUUCUGCGCAAUAUGGAAUCUUAA